AUGGGCAUAGAUGAAGCCAUAUUCGAGAAAGUUGCGUCCUCAACAAAAGUUAAGGAAGCUUGGGAGAUUCUCGAGAACAAUUUCAAGGGAAUUGAAAAAGUGAGGAAGGUUCGCCUUCAAAUCCUUCGUGGGGAGUUCGAAUCUCUACACAUGAAAGAGUCUGAAUCUGUCUUUGACUAUUUCACUAGAGUGUCCUCCAUUGUCAAUCAUAUGAAGCGGUACGGGGAGAAUAUUGGAGAAAGUCGUGUCAUCGAGAAAAUUCAUAGAACGCUUGACUCAAAACUUGAGUUUGUUAGUAUUGCCAUUGAAGAGUCUAAUGACUUGGAUACCGUGACCCUUGAUCAACUCAUGGGGUCCUUGCAAGCACAUGAAGAAAGAUUGAAGAAGAAAGGAGAACCGGUGGCUCAAGUUCUUCAAACGAAUGUCUCCUUGGGAGGUCAACAGAAAGAGCAAGAACGAUCUCAAGGAAGAGGUCAAAUUCAUGGUCGAGGUCGUGGUCGUGGUCGCGGAGGAAAUUAUGGUCGUGGUAAUGAAAGAAAUGAUGGAAAACAAAGUGGUAUCAGAAAGAGCAAGGACGAUCUCAAGAAAGAGGUCAAAUUCAUGGUCGAGGUUGUGGUCGUGGUCGUGUUCGCGUAG